AUAUAUAUAUAUACAUACAACCAGUUGUUUAUAUAACGCUCAGUGAAUAUUGGAGCUGUCCUUAUCUCUCUCUCUCCGUGUCUCUGUGUCUGUGCAGCCACGGGAGGCCGCUGGGUUGCUCGCUAGCUCUGUAGAAGGCAAUUUGACUGUGAAAAAAAGAGAGAUGAUUCCGAGAUAUCUUCUCCGAUCGACUCUGAAAUCCACCCAGCUUGGUUCGUAUAAAAAACAUGUUGCAGUUUCUACCAGCUUUCAGGAGCAUCUGCUUCCCAUUCCCUCACUGGUCAGAUGGCUCGGUACAGAAGCAUAUUUACAAAAGGAAGAUUCAGUAAAUGAGAUAAAAGAUGGCAAAGGGUUUAAGGGUCAUGAUAUGUUGGCACCUUUUACAGCUGGGUGGCAGAGUACUGAUUUGAAUCCUCUUGUAAUACAUAAAUCUGAGGGUGCCUAUGUUUAUGACAUAAAUGGGAAGAAAUAUAUUGAUUCCCUUGCUGGUCUGUGGUGCACAGCCUUAGGGGGAAAUGAACGCCGACUUGUUGCUGCUGCAACUGCCCAAUUGAACACCUUGCCGUUUUACCACUCAUUUUGGAAUCGUACCACAAAACCCUCUUUGGAUCUUGCGAAGGAUCUUCUAGAAACUUUUACAGCUAAUAAAAUGGGGAAAGCCUUCUUCACCAACAGCGGGUCAGAAGCAAAUGAUUCUCAGGUUAAGCUGGUUUGGUAUUAUAACAAUGCCAUUGGAAGACCUGAGAAAAAGAAAUUUAUAGCUCGAGCAAAAUCGUACCAUGGAUCAACUUUGAUAUCAGCCAGUCUUUCUGGCCUUCCAGCACUGCAUCAAAAAUUUGAUCUCCCUGCUCCAUUUGUGUUGCACACAGACUGCCCUCACUACUGGCGAUUUCAUCUUCCAGGUGAGUCGGAGGAGGAGUUCUCGACCAGAUUGGCCAAUAAUUUGGAGAAUCUUAUACUCAAAGAGGGACCAGAGACGAUUGCUGCGUUCAUUGCUGAACCUGUCAUGGGUGCAGGUGGUGUGAUACUUCCCCCGGCAACUUAUUUUGAGAAGAUUCAAGCUGUUGUAAAAAAAUAUGAUAUUCUCUUCAUUGCAGAUGAGGUCAUCUGUGCAUUUGGGAGACUUGGUACGAUGUUUGGGUGUGACAAAUAUGACAUUAAACCAGAUCUUGUCUCCAUGGCAAAGGCUCUUUCCUCUGCAUACAUGCCCAUUGGGGCUGUACUCGUGAGCCCUGAAAUAGCAGAAGUCAUAUACUCUCAGAGCAACAAACUUGGUACCUUUUCUCAUGGAUUCACUUAUUCUGGGCAUCCCGUAUCCUGUGCAGUUGCAUCAGAAGCACUGAAGAUCUAUAAGGAAACAAAUAUUGUUGAGCAAGUGAAGAGCAUUUCCCCGCAGUUUCAAGAUGGCCUAAAAGCCUAUUCCGAUAGUCCCAUUAUUGGGGAGAUACGGGGAACUGGCUUGAUUCUUGGUACAGAGUUCACAGAUAAUAAGUCUCCAAAUGACAUAUUCCCUCCUGAAUGGGGAAUAGGCGCAUAUUUUGGAGCACAGUGCGAGAAGCAUGGGAUGUUAGUACGCGUUGCUGGUGAUAACAUAAUGAUGUGUCCUCCACUUAUAAUUACCCCUGAAGAAGUUGAUGAGAUGAUAAGCAUCUAUGGGAAGGCACUGAAAGAUACAGAAGAAAGGGUGAAGGAACUCAAGUCUCAGUAGAAAUAUUGGUGACUUUGUGUAGUUGACAAUGGCGAAAAAUUGUUUGACUUCUAUGUAAUUCCAACUCUUUUCUAUGUUGCAAGACAAAGCAUGGUUUGAAUGAAGCUUUUCUUUUUCUUUGCU